CUGAAGACUGUACUGGACGACAGGUCAUUGAAAUAACUGAUAAGAAAAUAUUAAGAUGUUCAACAGUUCAUAAACGAGAUAUAAGGACAAGUCACAGAAAUGUUCAUUCUGUACCUACUUACAAUUCUGUCAUCGGUAAGCAGUGAAGAACAAGGUGUAUAUACAGUGAAAGCCUGGGACUGUGGAUUUGAUGGACAAAUUACUCUGGUUCCUCAUGUAGAUCUUCACGGAUGGAAUAUCCAUUUAAAAUUCAGUGACGUAGUUUACAAUUUGCAGCCAUGGGAUGCGAAAAUCAUAACUACAAGUGUUGAUCAUACAGAAUUCGUACUUACAAAUGUAAACUAUGACAAAGAUGUCCAUGCAGGACAACACCUCAGAAUGAGUUUCACAGCAACUACAAGAUGUGGCAUCCCACCACCUACAGGAAUUGUAACCAUAGACAUUCCGAGUACAACUGUUGAGACCAGAACAAAUUCGGUUGGAACACAGUCGUCUAGUACAAUAGGUAGUACACAUGUACCGUAUAAGUCAACUGUAGGAACCAGCACAAGUUCCGUUGGAACACAGUCGUCUAGUACAAUAGGUAGUACACAUGUACCGUAUAAGACAACAGUAGGACAGCAAUCAUCGGUAAGCACUGAGGAACAGGGGGUUUAUACAGUGAUAGCCUGGAACUGUGGUUACGACGGCAUAAUAACUCUUGUUCCUCAUGAAGAUCUUCACGGAUGGAAUAUUCAUUUGAAAUUCAGUGACGUAGUAUACAAACUGCAGCCAUGGGAUGCGAAAAUCAUAUCUACAAGUGUCGACCACAAAGAAUUUGUACUUACAAAUGUGAACUAUGACAAAGAUGUCCAGGCAGGACGUCACCUCAAAAUUAGUUUCACAGCAACUACAAGAUGUGGCAUCCCACCACCUACAGGAAUUGUAACAAUAGACAUUCCGAGUACAACUGUUGAGACUACAACAAAAACAACCAUCAUAACGAAAACGAUAGGGACGCAAGGGUCAGUUUGGAAUCCCUGUGUCGAUGAAGCAUUCUUUAACUGCCAGGCACCUGGUGUAUGUACGUCGAUUUACAAGGACCAUUGUUCUUACAGUUGUGGCCUAUGUGGUACAAGCUCUAUUUCAAGGCUACAGACGACGACAUCUAAAACAUUACCAACAGGAUGGUUCCAUAUUUUAGGGAAGAAGUGAAGAUAUUUUGUUUUUAAUAAAAAAAAACUGUGCCUUUGCAAUAUGAAAAUCAA